AUGUCAUCAUCAGCAGCCUCAACAUCAUCACAUAACAUGGCGACUACUGUACCGUUAAAGAUGCCUGCUGCGGCAGCUAGUGGAUCAAGAACGAGAGCAGGAAAAGAGAGUUCUAGAUCGUCAAGAAGGAGAUUGGGAAGUACGGGUCCUCCAGUAGUUCUUGGAGGUGGUGUAGGUGCAAUUGGAAAAGCAACUGAAUUAGGUGUUCAGAACCUUGAUCCAUAUACUACGCUGUAUAAUAAACCUGCACUUCAAUCACGUUCAGCUUCUCCUGGACCGAGCGCACCACUCUCCUAUCCUACAACGGCAACCGCCUACCCUUCACCCAAAUCACCCCUUUUCUCAAGUCCAGCCUCUACCAUACCGUCCUCAAGCGGGUCAACGGACAGGAGUGGAAUAAGUAAUAGGAGUAGAUCUAGAUCUCCAGGACCCAAUUCAAACACAAUAGCAACUGGCUCGAUAAAUUCCCUUUCAACAACAGCUUCGACAUCUUCAAGAACACUGAAAACGCCCCACGCUUCAAAAACGGAUCAUCACGCUCAUCCUAUAAUAGCAUCUUCAUCAGGCUCUCUGGAUUUGUCACCGUCAAUCCCUUUGACCGGUCAACGUGCUAAAUCUAUACAACACGAAUCACCCACACCCAACCGAACGCAAGUCCCAGCAAUGGCUCAAGGUCCUUUACCUCCUACACCUGUAGUCAAUGAGAUUAACUAUAGAGGAUCCACGAAACCCCUCAACGUACCCAACAGAGCGAAAACUCCGCCACCUCAAUUGAAUAUCAAAGAGGACAGAUUAAGUCAAAACUGGGUUCAAGUGGAUGGUCCCGACAACGACAACAAGAUGAAAGCGAAUCCUGCAGCAUCAUCAGAAGAGGAGAAACCCAUUCUUCCAUCAAGAAACGUGUCUCGUUUGCCAAUUGUGCGAAUGGUUCCUAUGAAAAAGAUGGAGGAAGGCCUUGCCCCGCUGAAAGAUAAUAGGCCAACAUUCGAACGGACCAGAACAGCGCCAUCUCUUUCUCCCACUCCCUUAUCUUCAAAUGGAGGCAGAAAGUCACUUGACCAAAUGAGAAGCACAAGUCCCUCUCCCGCUCCUAGGCAAAUAUCGCUUAGCACUCCACCGGCAGCCAUCUUGGACUCUGCGUCUUCUACUCCAUUUACCUCACAAAGGCGAAUCAAUCAUGUCACACAUGAGAAACCGCCGAUAUUCACUCGACGGUCGGAAGAUAUCCUUAGAACUUCAACUGAGACAGCUCCCACCAAAAAAGAGAUCAAAGCUAUGCAACAACGGACACUAGGAGUAGCUAGCACCGCUACGCUAGCUCUUCCAGCGGAACCAGAAAAGAAAUCGACGGGGAUGUCGUUGAAGAAGAGUUCAGGGGCUCUAAAAGCAUUGUUCCAACGAGGAGCAAGCGGAAAAGGCAAAGACAAGGAGAGAAGCGACACGCCUCCUACACAGCGAAGACCAUCAGGGGAUGAGCUUCGACGACCAUCGAUGGGCUCUCGACCAACUCCUUCACCGAUGCAAUCUCGAGAGUCACCCGACUCACAGGGAAGAGCAUCUUUCUCGGUCGAUCGGAAAUUGUAUCCGGCUGCUCCAACUAUGAUGCGCGCCGCUUCAACAGGUACAUCUUCCUUGCUUACUGCAGCUGGUCCUUCUAGACCGAAAAGAUCAAGUCGUGAAGCUUCUCCAAUUCUACCGCAGACGGCCUCUCCUGUUUCGGCCCCUUCGGAGCAGUCUCCAGAAACACCUUCAUCCGAGAUUAUCCCUUCUUCCUCUCUGCCUUAUCUGAGUGCUCUUGCCAACCGUGUAUCUUUAGCUCCUCCUGCCGAUAUCACACCCAUCUCAAACAUAGAGGAUUUGUCAAGCAAUACCAAAUCACCAAGCUCAUCGGGAUCUACACCUCGGGCCGAUGACGCUACACCGCUUGACAUAUCUCCUAUCAAGCACUCCAAAUCCCUUCAUCUUCUUUCACUACCCGAUUUAGAUCUGGAUUUCGACUUUGCCUUUGAAAAAUUCAGUGGUGGCGCAGUUGGUGGUUCACCAACAACGCCUAGGCGAUCACCUCGCAGAUCUCCAAACAGUCCCCGCAGUCCGUACAAAGCCAGACCUUCGCCUAGAGGGUCGCCUGCAAGAUCGUAUUCAACUCGGUCACCACGAGCUGUUCCGCUCCCGCCUGCUUUAUUCCGAACAGCCUCUGAAAGGAGGAGAUCACAGAGCUUUGAUGGGCCAGCAGGAAGUAUACCGAUGCUUGAUGAUUUCUGGAAGUCAUCUUCAGACACAGGUGUUACAUCAAAUUCAGGCUACAUCUCACCUUCUGUAGCAAAAUUUUUCGCUUCGACUACAUCCUCUUCGGCGCCAAUGCUUAGUCAAUCCUCCUUCUCACCCCAAAAGGAGGAGAAAGCUUUGCCUGUUGCGCCAGAAUCCACUCACAGCCGGUCAAGAUCAAAUUCCUCUCGAAUAUCCUCUUCAGAUCAUAUCAGGACGCCCUCCAAUGCCUCUUCCACCAACGAGACUCCUUCGCCCUCGCCGCCCCAUACCCCUCCCGAAAGGCAUAUGUCCGAACUAAAUUUUGGUGAUAUAUCGCCUGAUGGAACUAUCGUAUCCGAAAAGCCUCUUCCUGUUGAAUUGCCAGAAGAGCCUGUGGUUGUGAAGCAAACUCUCAUGCUCAACACCGCGCCUGACAUUCCAUUGCCCGCUGUUCCCGAACCUGCAUUAGCUUCUCCAGCUGUGAUUGGAUCUCCCUAUGGUGUAGGGAGUAAGGAAGAUCGAAAACCCCGGGAUAGAGUAAUGUCUUUGUCGACCAAGAGUCAACUAGUCUCUCCUGAUCCGAACAUAUCCAUUAGAGGUCUAGCUCGUGAGGUCGAAAAGCUGCUAUACUCCUUCCGCUAUCCGACGCAGGGUUCUACCCCGUCUGACCGAGCUACUUUAUUGCGAAGUGAUCUUUUAAAUCUCAUGCUGGAAGUAGAUAAACGAGCUUAUGACCAAUCGGAAGAACAAGCGUAUGCGAUAUUGAGAGCAGCGUGUUUCGAAUGGGCAGAUGCUCUGCUUUUCGAGUUGAAGGUCGAACAACCAGCUAAUGAGCGUGGCGCCUGCCUGGAAGGUCUAGCGGCAGUCGUAGAAAGUGCAUGUCUAUCCGAACAAGCCUUGAAGACUUCCACCACACAUCAAGCCAAGUUCACUCAAAUGAUGAUCAAGUGUAUGACUUUUGUCAUGAGUAAACUCGGUGCUAAAGGUGUUUUCCAUAACACGCUUUUAUUUAGUGGGCGAUUCCUCGCUUUCGCGUUUUUCAGAGUACCUCAUGUGGGCGAGCAAUUGGUCACAGUACUUCAGCCACCUAAAGGAGCGUUGAUGAGAUUCACCAUGGGAACGAUGAUGGGUGCUCCUGCAUGUCCCGUCAAGCCUGAUUAUCCCCAACACCUACUACCUCUUUGUUUCGACAACUCUAGGUCAUAUACUGCUCGUCUGGCAUCCCUCUCAGCAGAGUUCCCUACUGAGGAAGAGCGAGACGCAUUCUUGUUCCAACCUGGAAACUGGCUCCGACGAUGGCAAUCCGAUGAUUCUGAAUUAUUUCCAGCUUUCUACAGAGCAUAUCAUCGACAACUCGCCUUAUACCUCGGUCCGGUAGUACAAUAUUACGAGGCUCUUAAUCGACCAGUCCCAGCCUUCGAACUCAUGAAAGCACCUGGAUAUGCCCAUCUUGCAACUAUAUUCGCUAAGAAGUGCCAUUCGUACAUCAUUGGAUCAGUGAACGCAGUGACCACAUCUUCGUCUUCAUCGAACUUCGAAGCUACCGAAACUGCGGGAUUCAGAGGCAGUCAGAAACCACCCGUACUCGAAACUGCUAAUCGAAGAUUGGUCGAAACGAUUUCAACUUUCGCUAACUUAAGAGUGAUGAUUCCUGAUACAACGUCUGGUCAAAUAAUGGAAUGUGAUGGAACUCAACUUUGGACCGAUAUAAUCGAUGUUUGGACCAAAAAUCUGAUUUCAAGAACUUCCUUGUAUGCUCCCAAAGGAGUUUUCUCUCUUUUCGAUUUACUUGAUGGAAUAGUUGAUCCACCUUACGAGAUCACCUCUGGACCUCAGCCAACAUAUUCUCUACUCGAUAUCCCCCAUCUAAUCUAUGUCAUCAGAUUGAUCCUCACCGAAGGUGAACAUGCUUUGACUCUGGUAAAAGUCAUCGCUUUCGUUUUCACCCAUUGGGAAGUCUUAACCGCUCGACCCGAAGACAGGAAAGAACUUUGCCUUGGAUUGUUAUUGCAGAAGGAUUUGUUCGAAAGAUUACUUCUAUUCUGGUCUCAAUCGGUCAGAAGUUAUGUUCUCAGAUUGGUAGUGUUCCGAUUAGGUCAUAUCCAUACCAAGAAAGAGGAAGGUUCAGCUCAUUUAGUGGAGAUUGAAUCGGUCAAGUUGCUUCAAACUCGUCUUGAUAAAAUCAAAAGAAGGCAUGAUGAACUGGAACCUAAACCAUAUGACCUUGAAGAUGAUCUGGACAAUAACGAUAAAGAAGAUCUUACAGCCGUACCCCUCACACCUGUAUCUGAAAAUGGCUUUGGAUUUGGCUUACCAAGAAGUAAAUCUACGAUUACAAUGAUUGCUGAUUCACCAAGACAUACGGCACCAGUGAAUAAAGCCGAAAGACUACUUGGUCUUGGAUUAGGUAUGGAAGGUCAAACUCAAAACCAAAGUGCAAAUCAGGGUCUGAUUGCGAACCGAGGUACAGGUCGACAAAGUUCGAGAAGUGAAUUGGAAGAUAUGGCUUCGGGUACUAAAAUUGGUAAAGCUACCAACUGGUUCAAGAAAUCCUUUGGAACUAAGAAGAAGAGAAAGGAUUCAACCUCACCUCUGUUAGAUAGUGAAAAUUCUUCUCCAAGUACUUCGCCAAACAUGGGCAGUACUGGUAAUCACGGACAUUUCGGAUCAUCUCCUCAAAUUCCUGAAAUCUCAAUCUCGACAACAGCUUCGCCCGGCUCAUCUCCUGUUGAACAGACUUUUUCAAGGAAGAAUAAACCGCCAACUAUAAUGACUACUUCACCUUCAAUGCCCUCUUCGGAAUUAUACGGUGAAACUAAGAUGAACUCCCCUAAGAAUGGAUUCUCAUUUGAAUUUGAGUUACCUACGACUUCACCUAGAUCAGAUACUUUUGACCCUACACCACAACCUACUUCACCAUCGAAACCUCCUGCUGGUAAUACACACAGAACGAGUCAACCUCCUUCACCUAGACAGCCUCCUUCUCCUCACAUGUCAAGAUCGUUCUCCAAACGAUCAAGUCUAUUACCUCCAUCUACAGCAAGUGCUUUAGAAGGUAUCAUGAACGAUUCUGACAGAGAAAAGGAGAAAGAGAAAGAAGAACUGAGGUCAAUCCAGUCUAAAAAGAAGGAAGAGAUAGGAGAACGAGGUUAUGAUAGGAAAUUACAUGCUUAUGCGAUUAGGAUGUUAGCCGAAUUGGAAGAUGCUCAAAAAGAGUAUGACGAAUGGUGGUCUGAAGGCGGAGUGGGCAAGAUGGAUGGUGCACCUCCAAGACUAACAGUAGCUUGGCCUUUCCAUGAUGGUGAGGAGUAA